AUGAAUUUCCUAGUAUUUUUGGUUUUGCUGUCCAUCAUUGUUAUCGUUUCGGUAGCUUUGCCAAUGCUUUCUAGUGUUGGUAACUUCCAGGUCUCUAAGAAAGAGAACGUGAAGAGUGGGAAGAAGAAGAAGGCAUUUGAUUUCAGUUUGAAAAGUAAUUCCAAGAAUGAAGAGUCUAAAUGUCUUUCCUCCAAUUUGGCAAUGAACUUACGAGUUGACUCCAAGACUGGCUUGAAAAGAAGAGUUAUCGGUGAAUAUGAUAGGGAGAAGGAUCCAAAUGAAUUCGAUUUUGAUAUUGAUGAGUUGAUUGAAGAGGAGAGAGGAGAAGAAAUCGAAAAUGAGAGAAAGAGGGUCGAACAGUUUCAUGCACAAGGACAGGACUCUUAUGAGACUUUAGUUUAA